GAUUCAAUCCCCACAAAUUCUGGAUCAAACGGCAUGAAAUCCGCUUGCGUUCUUGAAGCAUCUUUUUAGGCGUCCUCCAUUUUCAAUCCCCGAUCUUCUUUUAUAUCCCCGUUCGGUUGGAUUUGUGCUGAAAAAGGUCGGGUACUGGCUUUUACCUCUCCUGUUGGCCUUUUGAUUCGCUGCUGAUUCUACGUUCUUGCUAAUUUGAUCGGAGAUCGAUGGGGAGUUCUGGAUUCUCGUGGAAGUUGCCGGAUCAUCCUAAGCUUCCUAAGGAUAAGACGGUAGCUCUUAUUGUUUUGGAUGGGUGGGGCGAAGCUGAUCCUGAUCGCUAUAACUGUAUCCAUGUCGCCGAAACUCCCACCAUGGAUUCCCUUAAGAAGGGCGCCCCUGAGAGAUGGAGGCUGAUCAGGGCACAUGGAAAGGCAGUAGGACUUCCUACAGAAGAUGACAUGGGCAACAGCGAGGUCGGACAUAACGCGCUUGGUGCUGGACGUAUCUAUGCUCAAGGUGCAAAGCUUGUUGACCUUGCUCUUGCCUCUGGAAAAAUAUACGACGGAGAAGGUUUCAAAUACAUCAAGCAAUCCUUUGAAACCGGCACAUUGCAUCUUAUAGGAUUAUUGAGUGAUGGUGGAGUGCACUCUAGGAUAGAUCAGUUACAGUUAUUACUCAAAGGAGCAAGUGAGAAUGGAGCUAAAAGAAUCCGUGUCCAUAUACUUACUGAUGGGCGUGAUGUUUUGGAUGGUUCGAGUGUGGGCUUUGUAGAAACUCUUGAAAAUGACCUUGCCAAACUACGUGAGAGUGGGGUCGAUGCACAAAUCGCAUCUGGUGGAGGCCGUAUGUAUGUGACAAUGGAUCGAUAUGAGAAUGAUUGGGAAGUUGUGAAGCGAGGAUGGGACGCACAAGUACUUGGCGAAGCACCAUACAAGUUCAGAAGUGCCGUUGAAGCUGUCAAGAAAUUGAGAGAGGAAACCAAAGCAAGUGAUCAGUAUCUUCCUCCAUUUGUCAUAGUUGAUGAUAGCGGGAAGUCUGUGGGCCCAAUUGUGGAUGGAGAUGCAGUAGUCACCUUUAAUUUUAGAGCAGAUCGGAUGGUUAUGAUCGCCAAGGCCCUCGAAUAUGAAGAUUUUGAUAAAUUUGACCGAGUUAGGGUCCCUAAAAUUCGUUAUGCUGGAAUGCUUCAGUAUGAUGGUGAGUUGAAGCUUCCAAGCCAUUACCUUGUCUCCCCCCCAGAGAUUGAGAGAACAUCUGGGGAAUAUCUUGUGCACAAUGGUGUUCGGACCUUUGCUUGCAGUGAGACCGUCAAGUUUGGCCAUGUUACAUUCUUCUGGAAUGGAAACCGUUCUGGAUAUUUUAACCCAGAAAUGGAGGAAUAUGUGGAGAUUCCUAGUGAUUCUGGGAUCACCUUUAAUGUUAAGCCAAAGAUGAAGGCCAUAGAGAUUGCUGAGAAGGCACGAGAUGCUAUUCUUAGCCGAAAAUUCCAUCAGGUACGUGUUAACCUGCCGAACGGUGACAUGGUCGGACACACUGGUGAUAUUGAGGCCACAGUUGUAGCUUGCAAGGCUGCUGAUGAUGCCGUAAAAAUUAUCCUCGACGCAAUCGAACAAGUAGGGGGAAUAUACGUUGUCACUGCAGAUCACGGAAAUGCAGAGGACAUGGUGAAGAGAAACAAGUCGGGGCAGCCUCUUCUUGACAAAAAUGGCAAAAUUCAAAUCCUGACCUCUCACACUCUUCAGCCAGUUCCUAUUGCAAUUGGAGGUCCGGGACUGGCCCCUGGAGUCCGAUUCCGUAAGGAUGUUCCUGAUGGAGGGCUUGCCAAUGUUGCUGCAACUGUUAUCAAUUUCCAUGGGUAUGAAGCUCCAAGCGACUACGAGACAACCCUAAUUGAAGUCGUCGAUAACUAAGUGAGCGACAUGGAAAGUUAAAGCUUGGCAAAGAUUCUGCGGCGGUGACCGGCGGCCUGGUGAAGCAGCGUGAGCAACGCGCGGGGCAGUGGUGGACGGCGGCUCUUCCUCACAGGUUGGCAAGCAACGGCGUCCCGCGUCAAUGUGGCUCGUCCGGCAGCGGUCUGACCGGCCGAGCGUGAAGGAGAGGCAGCAUUGGCGUGGGACGAGAGGUGGACGGCGGCGUGCGGUGGUCGGAGGAGAGGAAAGACAAACGCUGGAGUGAGGAGAAGAAAGGAGGGUGGUGCGGCUCGAGUGGCUGGAUGGGGCAGCGGCUGGUCUAGGGCUCCGUGUCUGUGAGUGGAGGGCAAACGGCGGCUGAGCUCGGCUAUUUAUAGCCAAGCCU